GGCAAUUUCAAACAUCUCUUGCUUGAUCUCAAGUCAUGUCCCACUGAUAUCCAUGGAUCGUCACAAUUUGAAUCUCAAACACGCUUGUGUCCUGCGGUUGGGAGCACGCAUGUAGUGAGAUUUUGAAUCCAAUGUCUUAUUGGUCCACUCGAUGCGCUGCAUGUGAAUUUGGAUGAGACAUACAACCCGCCUCAGAUCUGCGACCAAAAUACGUGGCGCAGCGGCGAAGGAAGCGCGUCUACACCUUGACCACACCAGCAAAAUGUACAUCCAUCCGCCCCUAUCGGGCGUGGCCAUAUUCGCAUGCCUCUGGACCCUCGCGCAACCCUCUAACUUCACGACUUCCGAGGCGUCUUUCUUGAAAUGGGGGCCGUACAGGCCGAACUUGUAUUUCGGAGUCCGGCCGCAAGUCCCCAGGACGCUGCUCAUGGGACUGAUGUGGGCAAAUGCCAAGGAUCAGAACACCAUAACUCAUACCCUCCGCGAUACCUGCGAGCAGGAUGAUGGCAUGGGCGGGUAUGGUUGGACCCAGUAUGAUGCCCGUUCAGGGGGUCGCCAGAUACUGCAUGAUGAAGGGAAUGGCAUCGAUAUCACCACUGACUUCGUCAAGUCAUUGCAAGACGGUGACAGUUGGGCCGUUCGCGUCGCCGGGGUUCCGAAAGCGGUUGCUUCAAGCACUCUGCACACAGCCAUCAUCUUCCACCUGGCUUUGGAGGGCACAGAAGAUGAAAGGGCCAAGACACUCACUUGCCAGCAUGGCGAUCAAGUUCUGGGGACUGGCCAUCGAGUGGUGGCUGUCUGUAAUGGUAGCGACCCUGCGCUGGGUGCUUUCCGUCUGCAAGCCUUGGACUACAACCAGAAUAAGAUUGUUAAGGGGUUGGCUGUUAACAGUGUCCGGGUUGCUGAAGAUCAUAUAUGGCAAGCCAAGUCUGUCUUCCUGGGCAAGGUUAAGGCCACCAAGGGCGACGGGACUCAGUUCCAAGACAAUCCUGGUGAAGAGAACAUGCAUUUUUUACAGGCGAUCUUCGAGGGUGCCUUCACGAUUGAGUUCUCGUAUUCUCUGUCCGCUACCCAGCCUCUCAAACCGGAUUACCUGGACACGAGAAUCAAGGAAGACCCACUCGCAUUUGCGGGGAGAGUAGAUGUAGUCUUUCCAAGGACUGCACCAUGGGACAGCCACCAGUAUGCAGAAUUCACCGAGAGUUUACUCUCGAAUCUACUAGGUGGUUUGGGCUUUUUCUAUGGCGACAGCAAGUUGGAUGCGUCGUAUGCGCAGGAAUAUGAAGAGACGAGUCUCGACUUUUGGGACAGAGUUGCGGGUGCCAUGUCGCGAGCCACCAUCGCGACCACGAAGCCUUCGUCUCUCCUUUCGUUCACCCCCUCCAGGCCGUUCUUUCCUAGAGGGUUCCUUUGGGACGAGGGUUUCCACCUCCUUCCUAUCAUUGAGUGGGAUUUAGACCUUGCCAUCGCCGCUGUUCAAAGCUGGCUUAGCUUGAUGGACGAUGAUGGCUGGAUUGGACGUGAACAAAUCCUGGGCCCCGAAGCCCGGAGCAAGGUCCCAGAUCAGUUUCAAGUCCAGUACCCCCACUACGCCAAUCCGCCAACCAUUUCUCUUCUGUUCCCUAUUAUCCUCUCAAAGAUCACAGGAUCGUCGCCUUAUACCGGGAAGCCAUCUAGGUACCAGUCCUCACCCGACGAGGCUUCGAAGCUUUUGACAGGUCUUUAUCCUUUACUCCAUCGACACUACGCAUGGUUCCGCCGUACGCAAGCUGGCAACUUUAGUGCGUAUACCCGCCCUGAAGGAGUCAUCACGGGUGAAGGAUACCGCUGGCGUGGCCGAACACCUACGCACACGUUGACCAGCGGCCUUGAUGACUACCCGCGAGCCAACCCACCUCAUCCAGGCGAGCUUCACAUCGAUGCACUCGCAUGGGUAGCCGCCUCUGCUAAGGCACUUCAAGAAAUGGCGCUGCACCUUGGAGAGGAAGGGGAUGCUAUCAUGUAUGGAAAACAGGUCGAUGAAACGCUGCACAAUCUCGAUGUUUUGCACUGGGACCCGGCUGAGAAGGCGUACUGCGAUGCUACGAUCGAUCAAAACGGCAAGUACGAACGAGUUUGCCGACUUGGAUACAUUUCACUGAUGCCAUUAUUGCUUGGCCUUGUUGACGGGAACCACUCUCACCUGCCGUCUAUGUUAGACUUGCUGUCGAAUCCCGACAAGCUCUGGUCUCCGUUCGGCAUCCGUAGCCUCAGUGCCUCUGACGCCAACUACGGCAAAGACGAAGACUACUGGCGAGGUGCGGUCUGGAUCAACCUGAACGUAUUAGCGACAUUGCAGCUAUCGAAGCUAGGCACACAAGCUGGUCCCGAGCAGGCGAGGGCUCUCACACCUUGCAUCCAGUCUACGAAAUCGCGUGAUAGAGAUUGUGCACAACAUGAUCAUAGUGGACAAGGGAGGAGGAGCAGGGCAUUCACCGGUUGGACUUCUUGCCUCUUGCUUCUGAUGAGUCUGGAGACUGGUUCAACAGAAAACAGUGAAUAUCUACGCAGCUCGCGGACGGCUCUACUUGUAGUGGUCGCCGUCAUCAUCUUGGGUCUGGUUAUUUAUUUUAGGAGAAGAGCGAUGAGCUUCCUGAACCACGUGCCGGGUAUUGUUCUGAAGAAACGACUCGACUCUAGGAAACCGGCAUACCAAGAAAUCAUCAACUUGGAUGAAUUAGAAUAACCCAAACCGCCAAAUCCAUCUUUGGUGACUGUAUAAGUCGCGAAAGUUAGGCUAAUCCGGCAAAAUAUCAAAAUCCGAGUCUUUUGAUCCACACGUGGUGUUGGACCAAAUUGACCGUCAAAAGACGAGGGACCCACUCGCUCUAGAAUGAGGUAUUUUUGGUUGUUAUAA